UCACCCGCGGCCACGGCCAAAGCCGGGGGUGAUUUUCAACCAACGCCGGUCUCCAAGACCACCAGCGGGAUACUGGUGGCGAACGCGGCACGACCUACCUGAGUGAAGAGGGGAGCGCAAAAGACGCGCGGGCGUUUAUAGCCGCUUUUCGGGCGGUGUAGAUGCCCAGACCGCGGCUGGGGCCGGACGCGCAGGGCGGGGCACCGCGGAGCCAAUCACAGGUUGCCUUAUGGGAGCUCGGCGGGCUCCCGUCCGGGGCGGGGCAGCGGAGGUCUCGCGGCGCUUGGUGUGGUAUAAAACCCGCUUCCCAGCAGGCCUCGCUCUUCUUCUCCGAGAAAACACGUGAGUGGUCGUGUGUGCCGCUGCGGGUCUCGGCGCGGGCGGCGGGAAUCUGCGGACAUCGAGUCCGCGCUCCUGGGCGGGAGCCCCUGUCUGGGUCUUGCGGGGGCUGCUAGAUGCCUAGGCCGCACUGACUGGUUCUUGUCGUUUUCUCCAGCAAAUGGCGGAUGACGCCGGUGCAGCGGGGGGGCCCGGAGGCCCUGGUGGCCCUGGGAUGGGGAACCGCGGUGGCUUCCGCGGAGGUUUCGGCAGUGGCAUCCGGGGCCGGGGUCGCGGCCGUGGACGGGGUCGGGGCCGAGGCCGCGGAGCUCGCGGAGGCAAGGCCGAGGAUAAGGAGUGGAUGCCCGUCACCAAGCUGGGCCGCUUGGUCAAGGACAUGAAGAUCAAGUCCCUGGAGGAGAUCUACCUCUUCUCUCUGCCCAUUAAGGAAUCUGAGAUCAUUGACUUUUUCUUGGGGGCCUCUCUCAAAGAUGAGGUUUUGAAGAUUAUGCCGGUGCAGAAGCAGACCCGUGCUGGUCAGCGCACCAGGUUCAAGGCGUUUGUUGCUAUCGGGGACUACAAUGGCCACGUCGGCCUGGGUGUUAAGUGCUCCAAGGAGGUGGCCACCGCCAUCCGUGGGGCCAUCAUCCUGGCCAAACUCUCCAUUGUCCCGGUGCGCAGAGGCUACUGGGGGAACAAGAUCGGCAAGCCCCACACCGUCCCUUGCAAGGUAGGCUGGUGGCAGGUUAUGGGCCUGCUGUGGGGCGGGCUCCCUUGGGCCCUUGUCUCCUGACUUCUUCCCUCACCAGGUGACAGGCCGCUGUGGCUCUGUGCUGGUGCGCCUCAUCCCUGCACCCAGGGGCACUGGCAUCGUCUCAGCGCCUGUGCCCAAGAAGCUGCUCAUGAUGGCUGGUAUUGAUGACUGCUACACCUCAGCCCGGGGCUGCACUGCCACCCUGGGCAACUUCGGUAGGUGGUCCACGCAUGGGGCAUAGCCAUGGUCUCUCAGCUCCGCUUAACCACACGGGUCCGGUGUGUGCUUGGCGUGUCUUCAGGGAGGCAGAGAAAGGCUCUCCUAAUGCACGACAGACCCGCCCAGAAUGGCCUCUCUGUUCCUAGGAGUGCGACAAUUUUUGGGUUGGGGGACUUGCCUCAAGCACACCACUGACCUUCCUGGGGUUCUUUCGUUUUGCAGCCAAGGCCACCUUUGAUGCCAUCUCUAAGACCUACAGCUACCUGACCCCUGACCUGUGGAAGGAGACUGUGUUUACCAAGUCUCCCUAUCAGGAAUUCACUGACCACCUUGUCAAGACCCACACCAGAGUCUCCGUGCAGCGGACCCAGGCUCCAGCUGUGGCUACAACAUAGGCUUUUUAUACAAGAAAAAUAAAGUGAAUUAAGCCUGUUACUAUUU